CUCUGAUCAGCUCAGCGGUUCGCUGGCUCCGAACACUCGCGGUUGCCGGGGCGACUCCUCGACGGGCGGAAGCAAACCGACGCUCGGCGCGCGCCAUUUUCAAACCGCUUCCUCGCCCCAUCCGGUAGCUAGUUCAGCUUUCUUGAGGCAGGGGAGGGCGACGCGUGGUGAGAUAGGAAGACCCAGACCAAGCAGGCCCGCUCCGGCCCCUGAUCCCUAUUUAUGAUAAACUUCAUUUGAGACAAGCUCAGCAAUGGCUGUAGAACGAAAAUUCAUUAACCUCCGGAAGCGGUUGGAUCAGCUGGGCUAUCGGCAACCUCUUGGAGUUGAGAGUUUACCUUUGGUAGAAAAGUUGUUUAGUGAUUUGGUUCACACAACUGAGAGUCUCCGGAGUACCAAGUUAUCUGCUGGAAAAAUUGGAAAAGAAUGUAGCAACUUUGAUGUUAUCCUGGAACCUUAUAAAGAAGAAAAUGCCAGGCUCACCCGUGAAAAUAAUGAAUUACACUUAGAGAUUCUGAAACUGAAAGAACAAUCAGAGCAUCAGAUCAAAGAUUUGAAAGCUGCACUGAGGAAAGUUGAGCAUGAGACUGCAGACAUGAAAUUUCUGAAUAACCAGUACAUACAUAAAAUUAGAUCACUAGAGAAAGAAAACAAAGCUAAGACUGAAAAAAUCUUGCAGCUCCAAGAGAAGAAUCUGCAAGCAGUGGUCCAGACACCAGGUGGCAGGAAAAGAAAUAUUCCAUUCAGGCGGCAGCGCAUGCAAAUAGAUCAACCAGUUCCUCCCUCAGGAGUUGAUGCCUAUCCAGUUCCUCAACCUGAUGACCCGUAUAUUGCAGAUCUUCUUCAAGUGGCUGAUAAUAGAAUUCAUGAGCUGCAGCUGGAAGUGGCGGACUAUCAGGAAAAAUUAGAGAUAACCGAACGUGAAAUGAAGAAUUAUGGCAAACAGGUUGAGUUACGAGAUGCAGAAAUUGAGCGUUUAGUAUUAGUUCUGGAUGGUGGUCGUUCUCACGAUGUUAUAUCUCUAGAGGCCAGAAACAGAAGUAACGAAAAAAUUAUUUCUCAUUUAAAUUUACAGGUUGAAUUUUUGCAGCAAGCAAACAAGGACCUUGAAAUGCGCAUACAAGAUCUUUUGGACAGUAGGAAAAACGUGACCAGCGAGGUGGCUAAUUUAAGUAAUAAAAAUGAAGAGCUGUGCCAUGAAUUGAGUGAAAUAGAUCAUUUGGCACAGCAGCUGGAAAGACAGAAAGAAAUUGUUUUGGAGACAGCAGAUAAAGAAAUUGGAGAGGCAAAGGAAGCAAUUAAGAAAAGGGAUGAUGAAAUUCAGGACUGCGAAGAAACUAUAGCCAGACUUAAAUCAGAGCUGUUUUCAUUCCGUAGAGAAAAAGACAAACUAGCAGAAGAACUCUUUAGGAUGACAGAUGGAAAGCAAACUCUUGAGUUGGUCUUAAAUCAGGUUCAGCAAGACAACCACAGGCUAGCCAAAAAAGUUGAAAACUUUGAAAUUAUAGAACGCGAACUUGUUCUCGAAACAGAGAGAAUGAGACUAGAAGGUGGCAUCGCACUUGGAGUCAAGUCGCCUUCUCGUAUGGAUGCGUUCGUAAAGUCUUUAGAAGCAGACAGGGACUACUAUAAGCGAGAACUGGAGUGUCUUCAAAAGAUUGUGAAGCAAAAAUUAAGCCCAUUGCAAAAGUCUCCAGAAAAGAGUGAUGAUCUUAGGUUGGUUACCAGAGAGAGAGAUGAGCUACGAGCUAUGUUGGAUAACUUUGAAAGGCACUUGAUACAGAUUCAGUCCAAAGUCAAACUGCUAACUGCAGAAAGAGACAGACUACAUAAUCUAUAUGAACAGUCUCAGGAUGAAUUGAACCGUCUACAAAGAGAAGCAAAAAGUUGUCUUCGGGUCCAAAGUCACGUGGAAGAGGAGAGAAACAUUGCACUGUCUGAUUUCAGAAGAGUGGUGGCAGAGAGGGAAGGGCUAAGAGAGAAAUUAAAGAUCAUCCAGGAAGAUGCUGCUCUAGAAAAAUCAAAGUUGGAGAAGGAAAUAGCAGAGCUGGAAAACACUAUUCAUACAUUGGAAACCGAACAGCUUGAUCAAACAACUUCCGUUUCGUUACUAAAAGACAAAAUAGCCUGCUUAGAAGAUGAACUAAGUGUGAAGUCUCAUCACCUCUCCCAGUCAACUGAAGAUGCUUCACAAUUUAAGAGAGAGUUAAGCUCACUUCAGCUCCUAAAUGAACAGAUACAAAAGUCCCUGGAUGAAAUACAGCAUCGAUUCUGUAUGAAAGAUGAUGAACUUCAUUCAGCUCAAGAAGAAAUUUUGAUGUUAGAGGGCACAAUCGUUAAAUUAAAUAAUAAUAGCACUACCCAAGAUGAGACCAUCAGUGUGCUCAGAAGUACCAUUAAUAUCUUGGAUAAGGAGAAGGACAGCCUUCAGGAAAGUGUGGAUGAAAAAACGGAGAGAAUUGCUUAUUUAGAUGACAAUCUAGCUAAUAAGGAAAAAAGUAUCCUUCAGUUACGUCAAACGCUUAGUCAGCUGGAGUCCUCCUUGGACCAGUUAAAGGAUGCCUUGAGUGGCAAAGACCGUGAAGUAGCCAGUCUCCGGCGCCAACUUGAUGCAGCACACUCUGAGCUCGAUGAAACCGGAAGGGUGAAAGAAAUGGCUCUGAAGGAAAACAGAAGGUUACAGGAUGAUCUAGCUACCAUGACCCGAGAAAACCAGGCAACCUCAAGUGAACUGGAAGCAGCUUUACGUGAAAAAGAAGAAAUGAAAAUCAGAGUUCAUAAUUACAUAACUGAAGUAUCCAGGUUUGAAAGCUUAAUGGUGUCAAAGGAACGAGAAAACCUAGAAUUGCUGGAAAAAUUCAAGAUGCUCCAUAGCCAAGCUGAAGACUGGGAAGCAAAGGCCCAUCAAGCUGAGGGGGACAGCAACUCAGUACGACUGGAACUUCUCUCUGUUGACACUGAGCGAAGACAGCUUAGUGAAAGAAUAGACCUACUGGAAAAAGAAAUUCAGGAGCAUAUCAUGGCUCACCAAGCAUAUGAAUCACAGAUCUCUUCAAUGGCAAAAAAUAUGGCUAAACUUGAGGAGAGUCUCAAUCGUGAAAAAGAAGAGAAGGUUGCAACAUCAGCUGAUGUGAUUUCUAUUAGAGAUCUCUGUGUUAAGAUGGAGGCCAGCAAAGAAAAUCUUUCCCGUCAGUUAACAUCCAGAAAUAUGGAUUUUGAAAGGGUUCAGACACAGCUGGAAGAUGCAAAAGCAGAAGCAGAGCUGUUAAAAAAGCAGUUAGCCAGUGAGCGACUAACGAUACAAAACCUGGAAACGCUCCUGUCAACUAGCCGAGACAAAGAAUUUCAGAAUCAUUUAACCACUCAUGAGAAAGAGUCAGAAAUUCUGCUACUCAAAGACAAGCUAACUCUCUCGGACAGUAAACUAACGAGUCUUAAUAGAGAAAAUUCUCUGGUCAGAAAUAAACUUUCACAGCUGCAAACUGAUUAUGAUAUUCUAAAAGGGCAGCUGACAACAGAACGAUUUGAACGGGAACGUGCUUUUCAAGAGAUGCGGCGGCAGGGCCUCAGUGCCUCUUCUGUAAAUGUCAUAUCCCCACUUAGUUCAACAAUGAGGUCUCCUUCGCGGUCUCCAGAGAGGAUACUUUCAGGACCAGUAGAUCGAACAGAAAAAAAUGUGGGUUUCAAGGACUAAUCAGUGAUUUUAAACAAGAACAAGCAUGUUUGGAUUCUUUCAGUUGUCAACGAUGACAUGCAUUGUACCUCUAAAAUGUUGUGCAAUCAACAGCUUGUGAAAUCUGAGCAUUUAAUAUGCACUGGUCUCAGCAUCCAUUCAGCUGGAAUAUUUGUUCUAGACAAAACCUGAAUUGGUGUAACACCAUUGUUAACCUCACUCUUUUUUGACUCAUCCACAUUUGUUUAACUCUGAUAUGGAUUUGUGGGCUGUAAUGCAGAGCCAGAUAGAGAUCAAAAGUCUUAAACCACCAUCUCUUUGUGUGUGCUUCUGAAUGUUGGAUUUGUGUUUGCAUCCCACUAAUUUUUAUAGCCUAUACUGCUCUAUGUAACUUGAAGUUUUAUGCCAACAAAAUUAGAAAAUACAAAAUCAGAAACCACACAGAUUAGAUAACCAGCUGUUAAUUUUAUCCCUUAAAUUAAUAUUUUGUUUUGUCUUUAGAGUAAAGCCUGCGUUUUAAAAAUUGUCUUUACAGGGUAGUCUUAAACAGAGUCACAUCCUUCUAAAUCCGUUGACUUUACUGAGUUUAGAAGGUUGUAACUCUGUUUAGGAUUAUGCUGUUAAUUUUGCUUCUGUGGGAGUUUAUUUUAGUAUUUAUGAUUUUGUUAAUGUUAAAUGACAAAUUUUAUGUAUCUGAAAGUAAUCUAGCAGCAUCAUUCUAUUUUUUUCUAUUUUUUUUAAAGUCCUGACAUAAAUGAACUCUUCACAGCUGAGAACUUUGACUGUUAAAGGCAUAAAACGAGGCAGGUUAGGAUAGAAAAGCUACUAGGUAAGUGAAGUAAGGAUUAAUCUUAUUUCAAGAUGAUAAAGUUGAAAUUCUUCUCACGGUGUCAUAAUAUAGUAGCAGGUUCUUUUCCUCACUUAACAAAUUUAAUAUGUUGAUUUCAUCAUCCCUGCCCAGCAGUCUUUUUUUUUUUAAUGGUGGAAAUCUACACCAAAAAUGGAGCUCCUCCCCCCUGUCCAAAAUAGUAAGCACAUUUCUUUGUGUAGAGAAAUAUCAUCCCUCCAUUAAAUGGAACCAAGAUUUUGAACUCAGGAGAUCUGUGUGCGUAUUAGACUAUGUGUAGUAUUGUUGGAGUAAAGAAUUAGAGUGUAUCCUCUGAAGAAAUAACAGCUUGCCUUUUCCCACUGUGUUAAUAUUGUUUUUUAUACUUUGUAUACAUGUCCUUGGUAGUCUAAUAUAUGACAAUAUACUAAUUACUGUUAAGCAAUGAACAAAUUAUGAACAUGCAACUUUCAGGGAUAGUUGCAGAAUGAUUGCUGCACUUUUGAAAAAAAUUCUGUAUUUUCCGAUUUCCAUUAUAGACAACAAGAAAAUGGAAAAUGGUGUGUAACAAAGAUGGAAAACCCAUAUCCUAAACAUGGCUAUGCCUCACCUACUUUUAAUAAAGUCUGCUACUUUUGAUAAAAAAACUUCUGAACUGAAAUUAUAGUCUUGCUGCAAUAACCUAAUAAUUAAAGUAUCUUUAUUGAUCUUCGUGGCCCCUAUGCAGUCCUACACUUGAGUUCUGAGCCCUGGCUUGAAUUUGACCUUGGAGCACUCCAAUAGCUAGUGUCAGCAUUUUUUUGGCAGGCUUUUUCCUCUGCUCCAGGGAGCAGGCAGCUACUGAGCAUGCCCAGAGCUGAGGAGAAAGCCCCGCCCCUGCUCAGUUUCUUCUUUACCACCGCUCUGAACAGACCUUGUUGCGCUUUCUCCACUUUUUUUCCUCAGCGUUUUUACCUCAUAUCUUCAAAGACCUCCUCAGAUUUUUCUUCUACUUAGUCUCUUUUAAAAAAACAACUUUCCAAAAGGUGCUUGAAAUACAGGGGCAAAUUGCCUUGUUCUUACUGCCUACCUUGUUGAGAGAAGGGCAUAAGGUCAACUAUGGCUGGCAAUGGCCAGUUUGGUGUAGUGGUUAAUAGCGUUAUACUCUACUCUGGAGAACCAGGUAUGAUCCCCCACUCCCCUGUGCUGUUCAACCUGUGCUGUGCCAUCUGCACUGGCUUUUCUGGUGGAGUACAAAGUCAGGUUCAAGGUUUUGGUACUAACCUUAAAGACCUUAAGCGGUCAGGGAUCCAUGUAUCUUCAGGUCCACCUUCUCUGUUAUCCCCCAAAGAGUGUUACAAUCUGCAGAGAACAAUCUACUGGUGAUCCCAAGCUCAGAAGAGAUCCAGCUGUCCUCGACCUUGAUCGUCUCUACUGGUGAUCCCCAGCUCAAAAGGAGUCUGGCUGUCCUCGACCAGAGCCAGGGACUUUUCAGCCUCUCUGUCAAACAACAUCAGCACCUUACAAGACUUAAUGCAGUUCUGCAGGGCUUACAAGACGCAGUUGUUAUGCCAGUCUUUUGGUUGAGGACAAUGAAGGGUACCAUCCUUCCGGUACUCCCUCCCCCCCUUUCCUGAUUCUUCUCUACUUUCCUCAUGAGGCAGUCACAAUUUGAAACUGAAGUUUUAGUGCCAUCUUGCAAUGUUUUUAAUUAUAUAGUAUGUAAAUUGUUAUUAAUAAUAUUAUUAUCACUGUUGUUUACUGCCCUCAGUGUUGUGUACUCAGAGGAGGGUGAUUUAUAAAUUUAAAUUAUAAAUAAAUAUGAAUAUUUUGGAAA